AUGCGCGUCCUCGCCGCGCCGAAGUCUUUCUCCUUCCCUGCCGGCUCGGCCGACACCACUCCCCUGGCUGCUGGGGAUGUUGCCUCGACCAUCGCCCACCUGCACGGCCUCGGCGCGGCCUUCAACUUCCCGGCCAGCGCCGCCGGUGCCCUGCCCGCGGUCUCCCUCUUUGACCGGCCCAACCUCUCGAUCACGGCCGUCCUGAACGCCGCCCGGCCGGUUGUCGUGGAUGCCCUGGCCAGCCAGGUCCCGGCCGAGGCCGCCUUCGAGCUCCCCCGCGACACCGUCCUCAACUCGCUCUUCACCGCGCCGGCCUCCUCCAAGAGCGUCUUCGCCGCGGCCCGCGACGCGGCCAUCGACGGCCACACCUUCGUCCUGACCUCCUCCCCGGGCUCUCUGAUGUCCUCGGUCCCGGUGGCCUCCUCCGUCCAUGGCCUGCUGCUGGACUCCGCCGCCGCUCGCGCUGCCACCGCCCCCGGCGCCCGCCGUGGUGCCGUCGGCUUCGUCCAGGAUAGCCGCAUGGAGCUUGACCCGGUCCACAUCCUCAUCUUCGCCGUGGCCUUCAUUUUCAUUGUCUUUGUUCUCCACAUCGGUAGCAAGCUCUUCCGCUAA